AUGUCGCGCUGCUUCCCUACAGAUCACCCGGCUUCCCGCUUAAGCGCUGCGGCGGUCUUUCUUUUGAACAGAAUGUCGACAUUCAAUUCGCCGCGCCUGUCUGGAGCGCAAAUCCUUCACAACGACGCUACAGGGGCCGAAUACUCAAGAUGGCGUCGUGGGAUCAAGCUUGCGUGCGAGACAAAGGGAACGUGGGGCUACUGUGAUGGUUCUCAGUCAAUGCCGAUGCCAAAGGCAGGAUCGAGAGCUAGUUCUUCCAGGACCUCCAACACGGCGAUGCAACCUAGUCUGCUUGAUGAGCGGCGAGCAUGGGUUCGACAAGAUCGCGAAGUUAAAUUGGACAUCUUCCUGUCGCUAUCAGAAGAAGUCAUGCAAGAAGUCUUUCAGACUUGCCCACCGCUUCCACCUUCGAAUAUGAACGCCCAGGACAUGCUGGCAGCGCUCGACCGGCGUUUUACUGCAUUCAAGUUCGAAGACUACCAUCACGCUUUCUGCCACUUUCUCAACCUGCGCAUGGAUCAGUAUUCUAGUCUCCACGACUUCAACAUCGAGUUUCGAACGACACUGGAGGAUCUGCGCGACUAUGGGCAUCCACUUUCCAACGUUCAAGCUUGCAGCGCAUACUUCUCGAAGCUCCGAUGUACACAAAACCCUUGGGUAGCGAAGAAGCUUGAGGGGUGGAACAUACAAUCCUCAACCCCAAAACUUGAGGAUUUGAUGAGAGAAUCCAUCCCUUGGACAUUCGAGCCUUCAACUGCAAACCCUUCGCCGAACCUGAGGACCAAGUCCAUACAAGAAGACCCUGUCGAAGACAGCUCAUCACAAUCUGACACCGACAGAUCGAGUAGCUCCACCAGUUCUUCGCCUUCGAAGCUCCACUCACGACAGACAUCUAACACCACAGCGAUCACGACCCACUCACUGGAGAUUACAAUCCAUGCCUCAUCUGAAGACGUUAUUCAGACAACCUUUCUACCCCGACUCCCUGCAACCAGAUACACCCCAGCUGCCCUGCCCUGUCAUCCUUCGCCAAAGAAAAGCAUACCCCUUAUGGCCCCUCUCCCAUCAAUGAAUCGCCCCCUCCCUCCUCUUCCAAAACACAUCCUCCACGCCCCACCUCGCGCACGCUCAGCAUCACCACGCAUCAUGGUCCCCUCGCCAAGAGCGCAUAUCAGCUCGCCCAAGACUUCAGCGAAAUCCACGCAGUCGCCUCAACCACAAACUCCAUCUCUAAGACUCGAGACAACGCACCCGUCCCUGCGGCCGAAGUCUCCUACACUCUUAGAUCAGAAGGAGUUCGGACCCAAACCAGCACCGAGUCCAAUUACGCCCGGGGAGACAACAGUUCACCCAGCGCUGCGUCAAGCGACUGCACCCACUGCUCCCUUGACAACAAUGACGACAACGACACUACGCGUUACGCCACCUCUACCAUCCCAGCCCUUCGGGCUAGACCAGAGCAUCGCGGUCCCCUGGCCCAACACCCCCGACCGCCCGACAUCCAGCCGCGCGGACCUGCCCCUGGGACAAUCACAACGGGAGCUACCAGCACUCGACGCCCUCUCGCGUCUGCGAGCCAUGUCGGGAGCAAGCAGCACCACCUCCCUCCCGCUUACCGGCCCCCGCGCAACCUCGCCGCCGCGCCUGCAGGACCGUCCGCUGCUGAAGAGCACGAGCAUGAGCACGAGCAUGGCCGGCUCGCCGCCACUUGGCUCUGCCUCGCCGCCCAAAGUCUUGCAGGGCCGUACGCCGACAUUCGAAUCCCUUGGUGUGCCUCGCUGCAGCUCGCCUGAUAAGUUGGAUGGCGAGAAGAUCGAGCGAAGCAGGAGUCCAGUCCGUGAGCUCGUUGCACGGCUCAGCGGCGACAGCCUCGAGGUCAAGGAGGAGAAAGAUCUCAGGGGGGCAAGGAAGAAGAGUUGGAGUAUGGGGGUUAGUUUGGGGCGAUUUGGGCCGGGGAAGGGCAUUAGAGAGAUUGUUUGA